UAGAGUCAUGUCAACGAACACGGAAUCCCAGACACACAGCUUACCCAGCAGGGAACGAUGUCCACAGGCCAGUGGGCUGGAGAGUGUGGCACCUUUGUUGCAUUCAGGGGAGGAGACCCCUGACCCCAUCCCUACCACCACCAGGGGGACUAUUCCAGCCUGGAUUAAUGGCAGCUUUUUGAGAAACGGUCCAGGGAAAUUUGAGUUUGGAGAAGACAGAUACAAUCACUGGUUUGAUGGCAUGGCCUUGAUGCACCGGUUUCACAUCUGUGAGGGCAGCGUAACUUACAGCAGCCGGUUCCUACGCAGUGAUUCAUACAACCUCAACUCAGAGAGGAACCGCAUUGUGGUCUCAGAGUUUGGGACUGUCGCCAUGCCUGACCCUUGCAAAAAUUUCUUUGCACGUUUCCUUUCCCGUUUUCAGAUUCCACAGCCCACAGAUAAUGCAAAUGUGAACUUUGUCAAGUACAAGGGAGACUACUAUGUCAGCACAGAAACCAACUUUAUGAGGCGAGUGGAUCCGCAAACUUUGGAGACAAAAGAGAAGGUGGACUGGAGUCAGUACGUUGCUGUAAACUCAGCCACAGCACACCCACACUACGACCGUGAAGGAGCAACAUACAACAUGGGCAAUUCGUACGGCAGAGAUGGUUUUUUCUACACCAUCAUCCGCAUCCCUCCUGCUGAGGAAGCGGCAGCAAAGGAGGACUCGGCAGACCUCAGCGGGGCCGAGGUGAUCUGCUCCAUCCCUGCAGCUGAAUCCAGAAAACCUUCUUAUUAUCACAGCUUUGUCAUGUCUGAGAACUACAUUGUGUUUGUGGAGCAGCCGAUAAAGCUGAAUGUGCUCAAGUUCAUGCUCUACAAGAUCAUGGGAGAAAGUUUUCAAAAGAUCCUGAGCUGGGAGCCACAGUACGGCACCGUUUUCCACCUGGUCGACAGGCACACAGGCCAGGAGAGCAAAGUGAAAUACCGAACGGCACCGAUGUUCACGCUGCAUCAGAUCAACGCCUACGAGGACAAUGGCUUCCUGGUGAUGGACAUGUGCUGCGGGGAUGAUGGCGAUGUCAUUGGAGAAUUCACUCUGGAGAAUCUUCGGCGGGAAUCGGGAGACGAUUUAGACAAGUUUUACAAUUCCUUGUGCAGAAACCUCCCGAGGAGAUAUGUGCUUCCUCUGAAUGUGGACGAACAAGCUCCUCUGGACCAAAACCUUGUCAUGCUGCAAAACUGUAAAGCCACAGCAAAGAGGACAAAUUCUGGGGAGGUUUACAUGACCCACGAGGAGCUUCACAAUGAUGAGCUGCUGCAGUACGGUGGCCUGGAGUUCCCUCAGAUCAAUUACGACAAGUACAACGGCAGACCUUACCGCUACUUCUACGCAUGUGGCUUUGGGCACGUCUUUGCUGACUCGCUGCUCAAGAUGGACGUCCACACCAAGGAGCUUAAGGUGUGGCGCUAUCCGGGCUUGUUCCCGUCUGAGCCUGUCUUCGUUGCCUCGCCCGACGCUGCGGAGGAAGAUGAUGGAGUGGUCCUGUCAGUCAUUAUCACUCCUAGAAAGGUAAUUUAACAAAAAACACCACUG